AAGUAGCCGCUGGUGCCGAGGAGCUGCGAUCAUGGAGCAGGAGCAGGACCAGGACCCGGGAGAGCGGGAGAACAUGAACGCCUCGAAGAAGAAGACAGUGUUUGCCAAGAUGUUCAAAGUUCGCAAGAGGAGGGAGAUGCUUUUUGUGCAAGUGUCGUUCGUGUGCAGCAUCCUGUUCGUGGCGUGGAGCAUGUCCACUCUGCUGACAAAGACAGGUCAUGGCAUGCAGGUGCAUGGCCACGCGGACCACGAGCACUGGGGCCGGCGCCUCAUGUCCUCGCCUACCGACGGCAACCAGACUGAGUCCAAGAACUGCACGGAACCCUCGGUCCACGAGUUUCCGGAGGACCUCUUCUCCUUUGAGGAGCUGAGGAGCGGUGCCGUUGUGCUCCAUAUCAUCGCGGCUCUCUACAUGUUCUUGGCCCUGGCUAUAAUAUGCGACGACUACUUUGUGACGUCGCUGGAGAAGAUCUGCGAGAAACUGGACCUGAGUGAGGACGUGGCCGGGGCCACCUUCAUGGCAGCUGGCAGCUCCGCACCAGAGCUGUUUGCCUCCGUCAUCGGUGUCUUCAUCACCCACGGCGAUGUGGGGGUGGGGACCAUCGUGGGCUCAGCUGUCUUCAACAUCCUGUGCAUCAUUGGCGUCUGUGGGAUCUUCGCUGGACAGGUGGUGAUGCUGACCCGCUGGUCGGUCUUCAGGGACUCCUUCUACUACACCCUGUCCGUGGUGGCGCUGAUCGCAUUCAUCUACGAUGAGAAGAUUGUGUGGUGGGAGAGUCUGGUGCUGGUGCUUAUGUACGUCGGCUACAUUGUCGUCAUGAAGUUCAACUCGAGCAUGCAGAAGUUCUUCACCGGCAAGCCCGGGAAGACCGUGGCCAACGGUAACGCGGCGGCCAGCAGUGAGAUGGAGGACGUCAAACCUAGCCAAGCCUCGCAAUUCAGUCGUGGUUCAGUGGUCAUGGUGGACGAGAUCAUCAACGCCAACCCACCCAAGUAUCGUUUCCCAGAGGCCGGCCUCCGCAUCAUGGUCACCAGCCAUUUUGGACCCAAGACCCGGCUACGCAUGGCCAGUCGCCUGAUAAUCACAGAGCGCCAGAAGUUGGUCCAAGCUGCCAACGGCGUCGAGACGCAGGUCAUUGACGGAAAGGUCAACGACAUUGAGAACGGAAACGUCCCCGAGGACAAGCCCAGUGAGGAGAAGGAAAACGAGACCAUCUCCCCCUUCCAUAUUCCAGCCGGCAUUGGCAGCAAGACUAAAUGGCUGAUUUCCUGGCCACUGCUCCUCAUCCUCUUCUUCACCAUCCCAAACUGCGCCAAACCUCGUUGGGAGAAGUUCUUCAUGCUGUCCUUCAUCCUCUCCACCGUCUGGAUCGCCAUCUUCUCCUACCUGAUGGUCUGGAUGGUCACCAUCAUCGGCUUCACCCUGGGCAUCCCCGACGUCAUCAUGGGCAUCACCUUCCUGGCCGCCGGCACCAGCGUUCCCGACUGCAUUGCCAGUCUCAUCGUGGCGCGUCAAGGACUGGGUGACAUGGCAGUGUCCAACACCAUCGGCAGCAACGUGUUUGACAUCCUGGUGGGUCUUGGAGUGCCCUGGGCCCUCCAGACCAUGUGCGUGGACUAUGGCUCUGAGGUGAUGAUCAACAGCCGGGGGCUGGUGUACUCUGUGGUGCUCCUGCUGGGCUCCGUCGGUCUCACAGUGCUGGGCAUCCACCUGAACAACUGGAGGCUGACCCCCAAGCUGGGCUUCACCGUGCUGGUGCUGUACGCCAUCUUCCUCUGCUUCUCCAUCAUGAUAGAGUACAACGUCUUCACCUUCGUCAACCUGCCCAUGUGCUUGGAGUAGAAGAGCAGAGGGGGAAGGGCGUGGGAAACGUCCUCAACCCUUUUCUUGAUUUCCGAGACCCCCCCCCCCCCCCCCCCCUCAACACCAAAACACAGACACACACACACAUACACUCGUCCUAUUACAUGUUACACACACGGCGCACUUCUGUGCCGAAACCCAAAGUGAUACUGGAUCUCAUUCUGUCCGCAGACUUCUAGAUGUGUCCCCUCCCCUCUCUAUCUCAUCCUCACCCCGACCCAACCACACCACUCCUUACUCUAACCGCAUAACCUUGCCUGCGAAAAAAAAUAAUCUAACGUUUUGUCUCUUCUAUGACCUACAACUUGUUUACCCCAAGUUUGUUUGCAAAAAAAAAAGAAACAAAAAAGAAGUUGCCCCCCUUCGUCUGAUUGGCCGCUCCUUCGACUCAGCGCUGGCCCUUUUUACGCCCUUAUUCGGGCAUUCAGCCUC